AUGACUGAAAAAGGAUCAUCAAGUUCUGAUUUGGGCCCAAAUGAAAGUGAGGGGGAAAUUGUGAAGAAUCUUCAAACAAAACUUAAUAAUUUUGAAAUUGAAUUUAAUGAGGAAAAAGAGAAGAAUGAAAAAGAGAAGAAAUUAUUUGAAAGUAAAAAUAAGAAGGAAAUGGAAAUUUUUGAGAAGAAAAUGAAUGAGGAAAUCCAAAAAGUCAAAUCUGAGCAAGAAAAUGAAAUUAAAAAUUUAAAAGAAUAUUUUCAACAAUUAAUGGAUGAGAAAAUUAACGAAAUUAAAACGAUUGAAAAACAAAAGAGUGGGGAAUCGACAUCUGAAAUUAAAAACUUUGGCAAUAUUGGAGUGAAUUUUGUUCAAGUCAAGAAUAAAUGGAGUUUAACGUCUAAUAGUUGUGAAAAUGCCGAUAAAAAUAGUGUGCCUGCUGGUAUUUGUAUUGAAGAAAAUGAAUUUGUUAAUUUAAUUGGAGAUGGAAAUAUUAAAUAUAUUUUGGGGAAAGGGGAAGAUAAAUCUGUUUUUGUUUUUGCCGAAAAUGAAUUUAAAAAUCCAAAAGAAAAAAAUAAUUAUUCUUUGUUUUAUUAUGAAGUUAAAGGCAAAAUUGAGGAAGAAGAAAAUAAAAAUAUUUUGUGUGUUGGAAUUAAAAAUUGUGGAAAUGAUGAUGUUUUGUUGUGUGUUGGAAAACCAAUUAGAAACAAAUUGGCGGCUUCUAUUGUUUACAAACACAAAAAUAAAAAGAAGGGAAUUAAUCUUCCAGAAACAUUUUGUUGGAAUGAUGGGGAUGUUUAUGGAUGUGGAGUAGUAUAUCCACCAAUUAAUAGAAGGGACAAAUUCCCUUUUGUUUUCUUUACUCAAAAUGGAAAACAAAUUGGUAAAGGAAUAUUGAUGAAAGGUCGAAAGAAUGAUGAAUCUGUGCCGUCUCUUCUUUUAGGUCGUUGUUCUGUCGAAACAAAUUUUGGAAAUAAUUUGGAGAUUAAACCUUUUAUUUUUGAUAUUUCAAAGAAUUCUGUGCUUGAGGAAUUUUAUGAAGAUUCUAAUGAUGAAGAUGAUUCUGAUAGUAGUACAUCUGAUUCUGACGAUUCUGAUUUUGAAACAAUGGGGACGAUAAUGCUGGGAAUGAUGUUUACAGGGGCGGCUACACGCGCGAUGGCUGAAAUGUUUACAAAUACUGUUGAGAAUUAAACAAGUUUUGAGGUUAUUUAAAUUAUUGGAGGUUAUCAUUUUGGAGAAACAAUUUUAUUUAAAAAUAUUUUAAUCUUUAAAAAAUUAUACAAAUUUUAUAAAUUUGUUUGAUAAAUUUUAUUAUUUUGUUUAAAGUCGAACUGCUUUAGUCUACUGCUUGAAAAGCCCUAUUUUAUAGGGCUUCUAUAAAUUUUGCAAAAAAUUUUAUAAGGAAAACUCAUCCUCCUCUACUUGGCAAUUUAACCACUCAACCAUAUCAUACAACAGAGCUUGGUUAAAAAAUUUGCGGAUGUGGCUGCAUCAACGACUGUGAAUCAACUACACAAGCGGGACUGUUGCCUCCUUCCUCCACUGCGCGUAUUUAGGCCCCGCGCAACCUCCACUCAAACACAUUACCCGUUAAGGCAUGCGUUAUACUCCAGGGCACGAUUGGUACUUGUAUUUGUUUGUUUUGUGUUUAGUGUUUUAUUUGUUUGGUUUGAUUGGUUUUGCUUCUGCUUUG